UGCUAAACUCCGUUUGACUGCUCGUCAGGCACCUGCCUAGUAAGAACUGAACGGGAGGAAUACACUAACGUGCCUACUGUAGUAAGCGCUUCCCCAACUUCGCUACUCGGCUUCCAUUCGCCCGCAUUUUCCCUCCUGUCAUCCUCCUCCGCCUCCUCAUCUCUACGCCUUCGCCCACCCCCGCCGCCCAGUCGCUGCCAACAACCCUCCGCCCCUCCCGCCGCUCUGCUCUGCUGCGCGCCGCCUCGCUCGGAAGUAAAGGGGGGGAAAGAAGACGAAGAAGAAAAAUACCCGGCCGGCCGUCCCGUCAGUCUUGCAACGCGGAGAUGCGCCUCCUCCUUCUCCUGGCCGACGAAAGAUAGAACACCGCUGCCGUCGCCGCCGCUUGCUGCCGCCGCUUACUGCUUUAUCAGCAACGGGACCGGGCGGGACACGACCCCGACACGCACCACCUACCGAGACCCCCGACGUCGUCAGCUUGGACAUGAGGCACGCACGUCUCUCAUAGGAGCCUCCUGCCUCUUUCUCUCCCCUCCCCCCUUCCCCGCCGCUCCCUCCCUCCCUCUCUCUUUUCAUCUCUCGUCUUCCCCUCAGCUUCACUUUCCCUAACCCCCCUCCCUUCGGCCGUCGACUCUCUUCUCCGAAUCGCCGAGCCUCGCGACCGGCAGUCGACGGGUCACGAUGCCCGAUAAGUCGGCGACCGUCGUCUCCUACGCCGCCGGCGCGUCUCUCGCCGCCGUCGCCCUCAUCUACGUCUUCGGCCCGACCUUUACCAUCGACCACGACUCGGCCGCCGGCGCCCGCAAGAAGACUAUUGUCGGCCUGCGCAACCAGGCCAAUGACUGCUUCAUCAACUCGGUCCUCCAGGCCCUCGCCGGGCUCGGUGACCUGCGCGUCUACCUGAUCCGCGAGACGCACCGCCGCCGCAUCGAGGACCCCGCCGUCUACGCCAACCUCGUCCAGCCCCUCAGCGGCUCGCGCCUCGAGCAGUGGCGUCUCCAGGGCCUGCAGGACGGCCUCGUCACACAGGGGCUCAAGGACAUGCUCGAUGCCCUCAACGAGCGCCCCAUCGCCAAAAAGGCCAUCUCGCCCUUCCAGUUCGUCCGCGUCCUCGAGGUCGCCUUUCGCCAGCGCAUAAGCAGGCAGCAGCAAGAUGCCCAAGAGUUCCUACAGAUCGUCGCCGAGCGCCUCAAGGACGAAUACCAUGCCGCCCAGCGCGCCCGCUUCCACGCCCGCAAGCACGGCGUCUCCCCCAACGGCACCCCUGCGAUCAACGGCAACGGGCACAAACCCGACCGAGACGACAGCGCCGCUUCACCCGUCACCAAAGACGACGACGACGACGCCGCCGCCAGCGACGAGAAAGAAUCCGACGACGGCGAUUCGACGCAGCCAGACGCGCAAGAGAUUCGGGACGCGCUAGGCAACGCGCAGGUGCCCCUCGAGCUGGAAGAGGGCUUCCCCAUGGAAGGCAAAUACGAAUCGCACCUCGAGUGCCAGACGUGCAAAUACAAGACCAAGCCCAGGGAAGAGGCGUUUUGCACAAUCACCCUGGCCGUGCCGCACGUCUCGUCGACGUCGCUCAACGCCUGCUUCGACGGCAUCUUUAAGACCGAGUACAUUGACGACUUCAAGUGCGAGAUGUGUCGCCUAGUUCAGACCAGGGCCAACCUGGAGCACGAGGCGGCCGUGUCCACGUCGGAGAGCUUCAAGGCCCAGGCACGGGACAAGAUCGAGAAGCUGCGCGUCGCCAUCGAGACGGACCCCGAAAACCCACCCGAGGGCGUCGAGCUCGGCGACAUUCGAUACGCGCCCAAGCGCAAGAUCGCCAAGACGACGCGCAUGACCAUAUUUCCCAAAGUUCUAGCCAUUCACCUCUCGCGCUCCAUCUACGGCGCGGGCCAGAUGACGCAAAAGAACUCGGCCAAGGUGGCUUUCCCCGAGCAGCUACCGCUGGGCGGACUCAUGGAUCAGCACAAGUACAAGCUCCUCGGCAUCAUCGCGCACCGAGGCGGCCAUAACAGCGGCCAUUACGAGGCGUUUCGGCGGCAGAACCAAGUGCUGCCAUAUCACAACACCAACACCUUCCAGCAGUCGGACGUGUACAGCAAGACGCCGACGCCCAUGUCCACGCCCGAGAUCAACCCCAGGCAAGGCGCCAGCCCGGCCAUAUCCACGCCCGACCUGCUGUCCAUGUCCCCCACCGCCAACUCGUCAACGCCCUCGCUCGACUCGCUACCGGUGCCUCCCCGGAGCGUGCCCGCCGAACGGAGCACGGCCCCCUCCACACCCGUCAACGGCAGGGACAGGGAUGCCGACACGAGCAGCCUGCGUUCCGUCGCGGCGUCGACCAGGUCGGCCAUUUCCAGGCUGGCGUCGCCCAAGUCAAACGGGGACGGGACCACAUCGCCCGGGGGGCUCCGGUCAGCUGCGGCCAAAAGCGCCAAGAAGCGCAAGAUUGCCUCGGACAAGUGGUGGCGCGUGAGCGACGAAAAGGUGCGCGAGGCCAAGACGAGCGAGGUGUUGGGCAUGCAGAGGGAGGUGUAUCUGCUGUUUUACGAGCUGGAAAAGUAGGGCGCGUCACAGGCGGCCAUGUUCGAUUAGGAGAUGUAGCCCAUGCCAGCCGGGCAUGGCAAAGGAGGGCUUUGAUUGGGGCAGCAGCCAUCUGGCUGUCGCAUCGUGUUACGCGGAGACAUAGGACGGCGUUUGUGGCUAAGCAUUUUCACACAUGCAUCCGUCCAAGACGGGCAUCAUUACGUACGACAUUACAUGGACAUGGUAUCCGUCGGGAUAUCGACAGGAACGAAUAUCGGAGGCGGCACCGACUGCCUGCGCGUUGUUUGAGGCAGGCCAGGGGUUGAACGGAGACGGGGUUUGGAUGCUGCCUUGCGAGGGAUGGGGAAGGAUGGAGAGAGACGCUUGUAUUAUACACGUCGGAGGGCGAACAAUGAGGAGGGCGAAGACAGAGUCGACAGGAUACUUUAUACAGUCUCGUGUACAAAUGAAGAAGCGUCGAAGACGGCGCAUGCCCGAGAG